AUGGAAUAUACUAGUCGAACCGCAAAAAAUCUCAAUAAUCGAUAUUUUCUUUCCUUUUUUCUUUUAGUUUUGUUUUUAUCACGUGAGACGCGUUCUCGCCAUUGCUCUUAUUCACUGGUCAUAUCUAUCUAUCUAUCGUCACUGGUCUUAUCUAUCUAUCUAUCAUCACUGGUCUUAUCUAUCUAUCUAUCUAUCUAUCUAUCGUCAUGGUCUUAUCUAUCUUAUCUAUCUAUCUAUCAUCACUGGUCUUAUCUAUCUAUCUAUCUAUCUAUCUAUCUAUCUAUCAUCACUGGUCUUAUCUAUCUAUCUAUCUAUCUAUCGUCACUGGUCUUAUCUAUCUAUCUAUCUAUCUAUCGUCACUGGUAUCUAUCUAUCUAUCUAUCUAUCGUCACUGGUCUUAUCUAUCAUCUAUCUAUCUAUCGUCACUGGUCUUAUCUAUCUAUCUAUCUAUCUAUCUAUCUAUCGUCACUGGUCUUAUCUAUCUAUCUAUCUAUCGUCACUGGUCUUAUCUAUCUAUCUAUCUAUCUAUCGUCACUGGUCUUAUCUAUCUAUCUAUCUAUCUAUCUAUCGUCACUGGUCUUAUCUAUCUAUCUAUCUAUCUAUCGUCACUGGUCUUAUCUAUCUAUCUAUCUAUCUAUCGUCACUGGUCUUAUCUAUCUAUCUAUCUAUCUAUCUAUCUAUCGUCACUGGUCUUAUCUAUCUAUCUAUCUAUCUAUCUAUCGUCACUGGUCUUAUCUAUCUAUCUAUCUAUCUAUCUAUCGUCACUGGUCUUAUCUAUCUAUCUAUCUAUCUAUCGUCACUGGUCUUAUCUAUCUAUCUAUCUAUCUAUCGUCACUGGUCUUAUCUAUCUAUCUAUCUAUCUAUCUAUCGUCACUGGUCUUAUCUAUCUAUCUAUCUAUCGUCACUGGUCUUAUCUAUCUAUCUAUCUAUCGUCACUGGUCUUAUCUAUCUAUCUAUCGUUACUGGUCUUAUCUAUCUAUCUAUCGUCACUGGUCUUAUCUAUCUAUCUAUCUAUCUAUCUAUCGUCACUGGUCUUAUCUAUCUAUCUAUCGUCACUGGUCUAUCUAUCUAUCUAUCUAUCUAUCUAUCGUCACUGGUCUUAUCUAUCUAUCUAUCGUCACUGGUCUUAUCCAUCUAUAUCUAUCUAUCAUCUAUCGUCACUGGUCUUAUCUAUCUAUCUAUCUAUCUAUCUAUCUAUCGUCACUGGUCUUAUCUAUCUAUCUAUCUAUCUAUCUAUCUAUCGUCACUGGUCUUAUCUAUCUAUCUAUCUAUCUAUCUAUCUAUCUAUCUAUCUAUCGUCACUGGUCUUAUCUAUCUAUCUAUCUAUCUAUCGUCACUGGUCUUAUCUAUCUAUCUAUCUAUCUAUCUAUCGUCACUGGUCUUAUCUAUCUAUCUAUCUAUCUAUCUAUCGUAUCGUUAUCUAUCUUAUCUAUCUAUCUAUCGUCACUGGUCUUAUCUAUCUAUCUAUCUAUCGUCACUGGUCUUAUCUAUCUAUCUAUCUAUCGUCACUGGUCUUAUCUAUCUAUCUAUCUAUCUAUCUAUCUAUCUAUCUAUCGUCACUGGUCUUAUCUAUCUAUCUAUUAUCGUCACUGGUCUUAUCUAUCUAUCUAUCUAUUCAUCUAUCGUCACUGGUCUUAUCUAUCUAUCUAUCUAUCUAUCGUCACUGGUCUUAUCUAUCUAUCUAUCUAUCUAUCGUCACUGGUCUUAUCUAUCUAUCUAUCUAUCUAUCUAUCGUCACUGGUCUUAUCUAUCUAUCUAUCUAUCUAUCUAUCUAUCGUCACUGGUCUUAUCUAUCUAUCUAUCUAUCUAUCUAUCGUCACUGGUCUUAUCUAUCUAUCUAUCUAUCUAUCAUCCACUGGUCUUAUCCAUCUAUCUAUCUAUCUAUCUAUCUAUCUAUCUAUUCAUCCAUCUAUCUAUCUAUCUAUCUAUCGUCACUGGUCUUAUCUAUCUAUCUAUCUAUCGUCACUGGUCUUAUCUAUCUAUCUAUCUAUCUAUCUAUCUAUCGUCACUGGUCUUAUCUAUCUAUCUAUCUAUCUAUCUAUCUAUCGUCACUGGUCUUAUCUAUCUAUCUAUCUAUCUAUCUAUCGUCACUGGUCUUAUCUAUCUAUCUAUCUAUCUAUCUAUCUAUCAUCGUCACUGGUCUUAUUAUCUAUCUAUCUAUCUAUCGUCUGGUCAGUUAUUAUCUAUCUAUUCAUCUAUCUAUCUAUCGUCACUGGUCUUAUCUAUCUAUCUAUCUAUCUAUCGUCACUGGUCUUAUCUAUCUAUCUAUCUAUCGUCACUGGUCUAUUAUCUAUCUAUCUAUCUAUCUAUCUAUCUAUCUAUCUAUCUAUCGUCACUGGUCUUAUCUAUCCAUCUAUCUAUCUAUCUAUCUAUCGUCAUCUUAUCUAUCUAUCUAUCUAUCUAUCGUCACUGGUCUUAUCUAUCUAUCUAUCUAUCGUCACUGGUCUUAUCUAUCUAUUCAUCUAUCGUCACUGGUCUUAUCUAUCUAUCUAUCUAUCUAUCGUCACUGGUCUUAUCUAUCUAUCUAUCUAUCGUCACUUUGGUCUUAUCUAUCUAUCUAUCUAUCGUCACUGGUCUUAUCUAUCUAUCUAUCUAUCUAUCGUCACUGGUCUUAUCUAUCUAUCUAUCUAUCUAUCGUCACUGGUCUUAUCUAUCUAUCUAUCUAUCUAUUUUAUCGCCCCCCACUGUUUCUGUCUUUCUUUCACCUAUCUUUCUCAAUUCUUCUCUUUCUUUCUAUAUUUCUUUUUCUCUCUCUCUCUCUUUCUAUAUAUCUUUCUCUCUCUUUUUCUUUCUAUAUUUCUUUCUCUCUCUUUCUUUCUGAAUUCCUCUCUUUCUAUAUUUCUUUCUCUCUCUUUCCUUCUGUAUUUGUUUCUCUCCCUUUCUUUCUCAAUUCUUCUCUUUUUUUCUAUAUUUCUUUCUCUCUCAUUUUUCUAUAAUUUUUUCUCUCUCUCUUUCUUUCUAUAUUUCUUUCUCUCCCUCUCUUUCUAUAUUUCUUUCCCUCUCUCUUUCUUUCUAUAUUUCUUUCUCUCUCUCUCUUUCUAUAUUUCUUUCUCUCUCACUCUUUCCAUAUUUUUCUCUCUCUCUUUCUUUCUAUAUUUCUCUCUCUCUUUCUUUCUGAAUUCUUCUCUUUCUUUCUAUAUUUCCUUCUCUCUCUAUUUCUAUAUUUCUUUCUCUCUCUCUUUCUUUCUGUAUUGCUCUCUUUCUUUCUAUAUUUCUUUUUCUCUCUUUCCUUCAAUAUUUCUUUCUCUCUCUUUCUUUCUCAAUUCCUCUCUCUCUUUCUAUAUUUCUUUCACUCUCUCUUUCUAUAUUUCUUUCUCUCUCUUUCUUUCUCAAUUCCUCUCUUUCUUUUCUAUUUUUUUUCUCGCUCUUUCUUUCUAUAUUUCUUUCUUUCUCGCUUUCUUUCUAUGUUUCUUUCUCUCUCUUUCUUUCAGAAUUCCUCUCUUUAUUUCAAUAUUUCUUUCUCUUUUUUUUUCUAUAUUUCUUUCUCUCUUUUUCUUUCUGAAUUCUUCUCGUUCUUUCUAUAUUUUUUCUCUCUGUCUUACUUUCUACAUUUCUUUCUCUCUCUCUUUCUGCAUUUCUUUCUCUCUCUUUUUCUUUCUAUAUUUCUUUCUCUCUCAAAAUAUAUUUCUUUCUCUCUCUUUCUUUCUCUCUCUUUCUAUAUUUCUUUCUCUCUCUUUCUUUCUCAAUUCUUCUCUUUCUUUCUAUAUUUCGUUCUCUCUCUCUUUCUAUAUUUCUUUCUCUCUCUCUUUCUUUCUAUAUUGCUUUUUCUUUCUUUCUUUCGUUCUUUCUUUCUUUCUUUCUCAAUUCUUCUUUUUCUUUCUAUAUUUCGUUCUCUCCGCCUUUCAAUAUUUCUUUCUCUAUCUUUUUCUUUCUAUAUUUCUCUUUCUUUCUGAAUUGAUUUCUUUCUUUCUAUAUUUCUUUCUCUUUCUUUUUAUAUUUCUUUCUCUCUCUUUCUUUUUUAUUUCUUUCUCUCUCUCUCUUCCUUUAUAUAUUUCUUUCUCUUUCUUUCUAUAUUUCUUUCACUCUCUUUCCAUCUAUAUUUCUUUAUCUCUCUUUCUUUCUCAAUUCCUCUAUCUCUUUCUAUAUUUCUUUCUCUCUCUAUAUAUAUUUCUUUCUCUCUUUCUUUCUCAAUCCCUCUCUUUCUUUCUAUAUUUCUUUCUUUCUCUCUCUCUUUCUUUCUAUAUUUCUUUCUCUCUCUUUCUUUCUAUAUUUAUUUCUCUCUCUUUCCUUCAAUAUUUCUUUCUCUCUAUUUCUUUCUCAAUUCCACUCUCUCUUUCUAUAUUUCUUUUCGCUCUCUUUCUUUCUCAAAUUGUCUCUCUCUUUCUAUAUUUCUUUCUCUCUCUCUCUCUCUCUCUCUAUUUCUUUCUUUUUCUUUCUUUCUCAAUCCUCUCUUUCCUUCUAUAUUUCUUUCUCUCUCUCUCUCUUUUUAUAUUUCUUUCUCUCUCUCUUUCUUUCUCAAUCCCUCUCUUUCUUUCUAUAUUUCUUUCUUUCUCUCUCUCUUUCUUUCUAUAUUUCUCUCUCUCUUUCUUUGUAUAUUUCUUUCUCUCUCUCUUUCUCAUUUCCUCUCUCUCUUUCUAUAUUUCUUUCUCUCUCUCUUUCUUUGUAUAUUUCUUUCUCUCUCAUUCUUUCUGA